CAUUUCAAAGGUUAAUUCGGCCUAUUGUAAAUUGAUAGUCCAAAAAGCAGUGCUUCUCAAUGUCAGUAUACUUGUAUUUUAGGAACUGAAACUGUUGCUUGCUAGUGAAAACAGGAAGGAACAGUAACUGCUGCAAAAGUCUUAUUUGUCAUAAAUUUAGACUAGUUGGUCAAUCUUACAUGUGCCGAAUUUAAAGCCGGCACUAUAACUACAUGGCAACAUGUUAAGGUGAAUGUUUUAGUUGAUUUAAAAGGUAAAUAGAUUUGUAAUAAUAAAGGCAGAUAUUUUCCAGAGCGGUUUGGAACGCUGUUCCAUCACAGCUCGCCUCAAAGGCUAGCAGACUAGCUCGGCCCUUACUCAGCCACUCCGUCUCGGCCUCCAGCAGCAGGAUGUCCCGCAGCUGCCUCCGGAGGCUCUCGUUCUCCCGCUUGGUCCUGGCGGUCUCCUCCCGAUACUCGAUGACCGUGUCCUCAACCACGUCUAAGAUCUCCUUCACCACCACCGUCAGCCGCUCCGUCAGUGCUGUUUCUCCACCUCCUACCUCUGGAUCUGUAUUCCUGCUGCAGCAUGAUGAGCACCAGCCUGCAGCUCCCUGUGGACUAGCACCAGAUCGCGCUCUGCCUUUAGCUUUUCUUCAACACUUCCUGUUCACUGCCCCACGACCACCACCAGCAGCAGCAUGGAGUCCCAGCAGCCAAUCAGCACCCAGCAUGAAGGGACGUGCGACCCCAUCGCCGUGACCUCUCAACCGCCCUCGGCCGCAGACGCUUCAGCAGCCAAUCAAAUGGACAAUAUGGCUCACCUGACUGUUAUCGACAACGCAGAGACUAAUAACGGCCUCGGUCAUGCGAUGGCGGACUCGUCUCCUACAGUGUCCUCAAUGUCGCCCAAGCUCCAUGCGGCUGGCGGCCAUGCUAACGGCCGGCCCGGUCUGAGCAGCCGCUCAGGGUCGGUGGCAGGUUCCCCCCGGCCCUCCCUCACCCGCAGGCCCAGCGGCAUCACGGAGGCUGCUGUGGACAGGUCCAAGCCCCGGGACUACCUAUUCCUCGCCAUCCUGUCCUGCUUCUGCCCGCUGUGGCCCAUCAACAUCGUGGCCCUCACUUUCUCCGUGAUGUCCCGGAACAGUCUGCAGCAGGGCAACGUGGACGGAGCUCGCCGUUUGGGGCGCAACGCCAUGAUUCUGUCUGUGGUCGCCAUCUUGGGAGGGAUUGCCAUCAUCGCUGCGGCCAUCGCCCUAAACUGGGGAUUAAUUUUAAAAUCCUGAUUAGAAAAUAAUAAUAAAAACGACACCGACUGCACGACGACAUCCGACCGAAAUGACUCCGUUUCCCCUCCAUACUUCCUGAAUCGUUUCUCCAGCGCCUGCUCCAGAUGAAAAACUAAAUCUGUUCCCUGCUGUUGUUUUUCUUGCUGCACGACAACGAGCAUGGACACUUCCCCAACACACACACCUCGAUUUGGAUUAGGAGAAAAGUGUGGGUCACAUGAUGUUCAUUUCACUCUGUGGUCCACAAGCACAUCUGGGAUAUACGAGUCUCCAUGCAACAAGUCCAGCAAUGGUGCAAACCUUCCGAUUUUUCAUGCCAAAUAUUUGGAGACUUGGUAUUCUUGGUGAACUGAAAGCGGGAGAGGCUGCUACUGAUGGUCCGGCAUGAACAUGAAGACGUACUUUAAGAGUAUUUAUAGAGAGAGAGACUCUUGUUUCAUCAUCCAGAUCUUCCUGUUGCUGUUUAUGGUGCACAAACCUAAAGUGGACACACUCAUAGAGAGUGCUGACGACCAUUUAAGCAGCUGUUUACUAAAACAAUGUCCACGUUAUCUUCUCUCUAUAGUCCAAUAUAAAGGAAACUGCUAUCUAAUACAGUUAUAGUCCUAUUCAAAUAUUUACGAUUAGUUGUUUCAACAAAGUGAAAGGAUAAAGAGGGAGUUAUCCCACAUGUGGUGUCAUGCCCUGAGACCCAAACUAACACAAAUCCUUAAAAACACAAAUAUAUAAUAAAGUAUGAAAAAAAAAUACUCAUACAAAGGUUCAUAUGAUAUUUUGCUAAAUGUUUUUCGUCUUUUCUCCUAAAAAUAUCCAGAAAAUGUCUUCGACUUAAAGUUGCUUCAUCCAUUCAGUCUUUUAGACAUAAACAUCAGUGUUUAUCAGAUACAAGUUGGUUAGUUUUAGGUGAAGGGUGUAAAAAUAACAGAAGUUGUGUUACAUGAGUACUGAAGUUUUGAUCACAAAUAAAUGAACAUUGACCACUGGUUUCACAAGGGACACAAAGUACUGUGCGUUAUGCAUGCAAACAGCCACAAACAGCGUAUGGGAAAAAUCAUUUUGGGUAUUGGGUUUGUAGAUUUCUUGAUCUCUUUAUUGGAGUUUUCAGCUUUUUGUUGUUGACAUUGUGUGUCUCUUUGUUGAGGUCUUGAGUCUCUUUAUGGGUGGUUUUUUUUUUGGCUUCUUGCAUAUUUUUGUUGGUGCUUACUAUCUCUUUUUGGCCAUUUUGCGUGUCUCUAAUGACAAUUUGCAUCACUUUGUUGGUGUUUUACGUCUCUCUGUUGGUUUUUGACAUUUUUGUUGACAAUUUACGUCUCUUUGUUGGCGUUUUGCAUCUUCUUGUUGAUAUUGUUUAUCUUAAUUGAUGAUUUGCGUCUUUUUGUUGCCAUAUUACAUAUUUCACAUCUGUUUGUUGCAUUUGCAUCGCUUAUUAUUUAAACGUAUUCACAUACAAGAUUGUGAUAUAUUGCGAAAAGUUAUUCUUAAUUUUUAGAGCAGUCUCCUACAAAUGUCCAGUAAAACAGUCCAUUUCGGCUUGUUACCUGCAUUUCGUAGUCUAUAUAACAUUUGAUCUUCACAGAAAACAACUUGGUUAGUUUUAGGAAAAGAUUGUGAUUUGGGUUAGAAUAACUAAUGGAAGUGGUGUUACAUGACUAUGGAAGUUACGUUUACAAUUAAAUCAACAUUGACUUCUGGUCCCCCCCGACCUCCUUACUACCAGGACUUAGUUUUGUGAGAAACUAACCAAUUACAGUGCAUUACUUUUUGUAGGUAUAGAUCCGAACAGCAACGCUGUGCCAAACACCAGAUUGUGUGUUUCUGUUUCCUUAAAUGUUUGUGUGCUAAUUGGGAACUGGAUGGGGGCUUUGAGGAAAUAAGUUGUUGUUAUAGAUCCAAAUCAUCUAUUAUAACCUGUGCAUGUUUACAGUAUUUAUAACAGAAUGCUUUUACAUAAUACCAUAGCCUCAUUUAGCAGGAGCGCUAACUGAGUAGCACUGUAAAUAAAUAAUAUUGGAAAUUGUAUUAUGUCCACCUGGUGUAUGCCAGAGGUGCAGGAAAUAUUUAUUUUAGUAGUUCGACCCUGAAUUUGGCAUUUCCCUCGUUCCGUACACAAAGAGCUAAUUGGAUGUUUUUUUUGAUUGUGGAAUAUUCCAGAAAAUAAAAAAAUCUGUAAAAGGUAAAAGUGGCUAAUGUUCGGAAAGAUGACGUUUAGUCGUCUCAUUAGCAACCACCAUUUUCAAGACACAAAGAAUAUUCAGAAAUUGACAAGUACAGUAUUUUCUGACGCGUUUAAAGUCGUUAAACUAAACAUUCAAAUCCCGAGAGCUUCUGUUAUCCACAAAGUUCUGACCAAAAACACAUUUAAACAAGCAUUGACUUCCAGAGAAGGGAUCAGGAAGUGUUAAAAUGCUAACUAAUUUCAGGGUUCGAGGACUCAUUCCUGCAGCACGCGAUUGAUAUCCACAUUUUUUUUCUUCCUCACGGAUAUAACUGACCAACAAAUAACUCGCCACUAAGAUUGCACAAGAAUGUUUUUUUUUUAAAGAAGGAAGCAGAUAAAUGUUGAACUUUGCACCAAUCAGAUGGUGUCUAUGCGUAGAGGUGAGGUUGGAUGAGGUCAGGUUGGGGGAGGAAAGUAAAGUUGCCUCACACCUUCGCACUGUAUGUAGCAUGUUUACUAACCACAUUAUGCAAAACAACGGUCCCGGCUUGAUUGUCAGUACGAAUGCUAGCUUCCCUCAGUUUAUUGUGUACUGGUACACGGUUUUGUAUGGAUUUUGCUUGCGCUACCUCUCAGAGUUGCCUACAGUGUUUUAUCACGUUGUUCCACUGAUUUAAAUCGACUGUUAAAUCUAUUUGUGUUCCUUUUUUCACUAACUAAUAAUGGUAUCAACAUGAAGGGUGUUAAAUGUGAAAACAUUCCCACAAAUCUGUAAUUCAACUGGCACAAGUUCUGUGAGUGGAAAAACGUAUGUAUAAAUAUAUAUAGAAUCUGAUUUUACACAUGAACAUUUCUGAAAAGUUCUGAGGAAGAUUUUCACCAUUUAUCGUUUAUUUUGGUCCUUUUGGAAAUUUUCCAAAAAAGAUGCAUAUUGAACUAACUAAUUACAUGCAAAUAAUAAUCAUGUUAUUGUUCUUAGCAAAUACCAGAUUCCAACAAUUUAGCCACUUGGAUUAUUUUUCAUAUUUUACUCCUCUUAUCAGUUUUUUAUGCUCAUGAUUAGCUGCAUUAAUUCAACAGCAAUAAUGAUGAAUUCAGGAGUACAAUUCAAUAAUUUAUGUACACUUAACAUUUUUCUUUUCGUGGAAAAUGUCAAUUUGAUUAAGGCUAUGUUGUGUUAUAUCAAGCUCAUAAUUCACUGUAUUAACUCAAGAGCUUGAUUUAUAAUGAAUGCACAUUACUUGUAUUAAUUUACUUAAAUGUUCCAAGAAAGGCUACAAUAAUUAAAACAUGAGGAGCUGUAAAUAGGGAGUGAUAAUAAAAACGAGAUCAUUUGCAUUAAAUAGUUAUAGAACAGUCCAAUAAAAAUAUGAGAUCUUAUAAGCUUUUGAUUUUAUUUUGAAAAUCUUCCGCAGAACUUCUCAACAUCACUGUCUUCUUGUGUUAUUUGUUUCUUGUGUCCGUCUAUCAUUUUCAUUUCUUUUGUAAACGCUCUUUUGACGCCUGAUUCCCUGAUCUUUGUAUUUUUAUAUUUCUAUUCACAUUCUCUGGAUCUCUUUUUUGUAUUGACAUGAUAAUCUACUGUUUGUAACGCUCAGUAUAACCUGCUUCCUGCUUGCUUAACAGAAGAAAAACACUGGGGGGGUGCUAUAAGCAUGAAUCCUUAUCUAAUUAUUGAUUGCUAUUUCCCGACACCGGACUCUUUCUGUGUCCGUGCAUGCCUUAAACUGACAGAAUGAGUGUACACAAAUACAUUUAUUAAAGUUGAUCUACUGCUGUUGAUUAUUUGAUCAUGUUUGCAGGGAAUAAAU